UAGGCAAUUGCGGGAAGAUUUAAUAUACAAAAAUACAACUUGGUUCUUUAAAUUUCAACUUAUAUAUGUAUGAUGGUAUAAAUGAUUGGCGUGACUUUGGAGAAGAGAUCACUGAGUAGGUCUAAAGAAAUGAAAGGGUGGUCCAGAGUUUAAAGGAAGUUAUUUAGCAGAGAGAGAAUUCUAUACUUGUUACUUUUUCUUAUUGUCUCAGUGCUUAGGGUACCUUAAUAUAGUGUGUCAAAUCUUUAAGUUUUCCACUCCGUCUUCACAUGGGAAAUAUUCAAUUUGGAGAAAGCAAAAGUUUCCAAAGGUUGGGAAGAAGAUUGUUAGAGAGAGAAGUCUUAGUUCUUAAGGCUCCUGACAGAAGACAGCUUCUUGGUUAUCUGAAGUUGCCUUUUGAUUCAAUGACAUAACAUUUCCUUUAGUUUUUGACUUCACCUUUACCAUUUUGCUUGACCAAUAUUCUGGGUUUUAGGAAUUUCAAAAUCAUGCUUUGUUUGUUCUCUUUAUGAAAGUAGAUUAUUAGUCCAACAGUUGAUUUGUUGGGAAGAGAUGCUGGUCCCUGCAACACUCUUUAAGCGAAUAUAUGCUCAUCUCAAAACGAAUCUGAAGGCCCCAUUUUCUGAGACCCACUUUUUAUGCAUUUGGAACAGAAAAUGGAGCACUACAUUUCUCUCUCUCUCUCUCUCUCUCUUCUUUAUUUAUGCAACAUAGAAAGGCUAAGCCAUCAUUGAUACACAUGGUGUUUUUGGUCUAAAGUGGAUACUGUGUUGAUCAAUUUUUGUUACAGAUUGACUGACUGAGAAAAUUAGUUUGUGCAUAUAACUCGCAGAAAAAAAAAUAAUAAUACGAAGACAAAAGAACACUUGUGGGUUUGAUACAAGUAAAACUCGCCUUCUCAUGUUUCAUAUACCUUUCUAUUUCUCUCAUCACGUCUCAGCGAAAGGUGUAUAAAACAUGAGAUAGUCAAGUUUUUUCGGUUUGAUCCAUCUUGGCGGCUUUUAUUUUAGUUUGGGUACAAUUUAAUGUAAAAACAAAGAGCACCAUGCAAUAUGCUCGCUUGCAGCUACCACAGUCUUGGCCAACAAUAAUAAAAGCUUUCAUUACAUUAGUGAGCUCCCAACCAACACCAGCACUUAGUCAACAACAUUAUCUCCCAAACAGAUAGAAAAAGAAAAAGAGAAUAUGGAAGGAAAGAAAAAUAAUUAAAAUGAAAAAAAGAAAAAAGAAAAAAAGAAAGCGAAAAAGAACACACAGCAGCAGCAUCCUGCAGUCUUUGCUUUGCUCUGCUUUCCAUGUAAGCUGCUUUGGCCUCCCAACCCAUCUUGUCUCUUCAAUCAAAUUUAUAUUGCACACUCUGUUAUUGCACUUGCUGUUCUUGCCUUCAAAACUCUGCAGAAUCUGAAAAUUUCAGUCUCUUAGAUUUUGCUCAUGUGCUCUUGAACCUUGAUCAUUGUUGGAAAGAAAAAAUCCCCAAGCCAUCCAAUCCAAAUACCAAUCUUCAGGUAAACUUUUGUUUCUAUUUAGGCUUUGUGUUAAUGUCUAGGGAAAAUUGUAUGGAAUGAUUUGUCCUACUGUCUGAAAUUACAUUUCUCUCUCUGAAAAAAGUGAACAAGAGGGAAGAAAGAAAAAUAUGAUAUUGAGAACAUCAGCAAAAUAGAAUUUUUCUGUGGGUGGUUUUGGAAUUUAGAUUAGUGAUGGGGUCUCUAGGAGGCAGCCCAAAAACUUGGAUACCAUAUAUGAACACCAAAGAUUGUUCUCAAGGGUUUUGCAGUUUGUACUGUCCACAAUGGUGUUACAAGAUAAUACCUCCUCCACCUGUCUUUGAGUUUCCUGAAGACAAUUCAUCUUCCCCAAGUUUCUCUCCUCUUGUUAUUGCAAUUAUUGGCAUUUUGGUGAGUGCUUUUCUUCUUGUUAGCUACUACACCAUAAUAUCCAAGUACUGCAGCAAUGCGGACCGGAGGAGAGCGAGAAGAGAGGAUCAGGAGCAGAAUGAGGAGAUGGAGGACCCUCACAAUCCCUCCAUCCAUGAACCCUGGCAUGUCGUGACGGCCGGCUUAGACGAGGCUCUGAUCAAGUCAUUAACAGUUUGUAAGUACAAGAAAGGAGAUGGAUUUGUUGAAGGAACAGAUUGCUCAGUUUGUCUGAGUGAGUUUGAAGAAGAUGAGAGGCUUAGGCUGUUGCCUAAGUGCAACCAUGCUUUCCAUCUCCCAUGCAUUGAUACAUGGCUUAAAUCUCACUCAAAUUGCCCGUUGUGUCGUGCCAACAUAGUUCCUCAUCAGUUGCCUCACCCUGCCGUGACUGAAACUCCAUCAUCAACCAAUCAUGAUGCAUCAUCCAUAGCUGAAAGCCAACCAGCACAUGAUCAAAAUGUUGUCAUGGCACAAAUUUCCGAAGGGGGUCCUUCUCAAAAUGUGGAAUCAAUGCAAGGAGAUCAUGAAGGGUAUCAUCAAGCAAUUAGAAGGUCGGUUUCCAUGGACGAUUGGCGUCAGAAUAAUCAAGUUUUAGUAGCUGAUAUUCUGAGCAGGAAUGAUGAAGAGGAUGAGGAGGACGAUAUGAACUCAGAGUCAGAUGAUAUUGCUGAAGGAGUUGACAAAUCUAGCAAUAGAAAAGGGGUGCUCCUGCAUUGUGUUAUGAGUCCUGUUGCAAUGAAGAGAUCAUUUUCAAGUGGAAGAUUCUUUCCCACUAGGCCUUCAAGAGCACGGAAUACAGUACUUCCAGUCUAGAAAACUUUUUGUAUUUUGGUUUCUUUGGGGGAAUGUGGAUUAAGCUGGCAAAUCAAACAGUUUGGUCUGGAUUAAUUAGCUAUUACAAUUAUUUGUUCAUGAUCCAUUAAUGAGUGAUUUGUAAUUCUCUACCAAUCGAAAAUUAUAGUAUACAACUAGUGUAUAAAACAUCCUUUUUAGGUACUAAAACCAACGUAUGAAGGUCGUUCUUGUCAAAAGGGCAUUGUAUACACAUGUUGUAUUCUAAAAUCUCUCCCUUUAAUAUAUUGUUUCUUUGGAGUCAGUUUUAAU